AAAACAUGUACGUCUAGGGAAAGAUAUCACGACAUGCGACAUUUCGCACCACGCCCCGUCUCUGCGUGAUAUAACAGGGUGCGAAUACGUGGAGUUACAAAUAGGCAGGGGUUGGUCGAUGCAAGGAUAUACCGAAAGAAAUUCAUAAACGAGGACAGACGGCGUAUAAUUACCAUCGGUCCGGAUGACGGGUGCUACGAAACUCGGGGAUGAACAAGAAUCGUGGGCCCAGACAUUGGUGACAAUGACCCCCGAUGAAAAUGCCACUAUUCGUGCCAUGAGCGAAACAGCUGUGAUAUCGUCGGUUGGUGAAGACCCCGGCCUCCUCGGUGUGAGCGAAAUAGUCGACCGACGAACACUUCGGGCUACGAUUACACGAGAAUCUCUCAUAGACGUUCGUGAAUUGGAUGAACGAAUAUCCUACAACGAUGCCGAAUGUCAGACCUCCCUUCGGGGUGUUUUCAAAGUCGAGUUGCAUACCGAUGGUAAAAACGAGGCUACGCAAACAACUUACUCGGGAAUCAAGAUACCUUUCCGGGAUAUCGCAGAAGUAAUGAGCGGUCUACAGGGAAUGCCGACCUCAGAAAAAUCUACUCGCGUAACACAAACGAUCAUAAUUUUCGACUCGCAAACAUCAACCAGUCAUGUCGUUGCUCAAUUGGCCGAUGUCAUCUCGAGGGAAGAUCUGCAAAGAAUUGACAAUACCUUGGAACCGACAGCCGCGUCUAGCUGUGCUGUGGACCAACUUUACUACAUCCUCGAAAGGGUCUUCUGGCUUUCAGAACCCGGUUAUCAAAUGCCAAAGCCAAAAUUAAAAGACAUGGAAUCACAGACGUAUAUAAAGUGCAAUACCGAUUCGGGAAAAGUCACCCUUGAUACAGAUACUCAGACUUAUCUGAGUUGCGAACCAACGGCGUCCAACACGGAACUCCUGACGGAGUGGUCGGCGUUGAAGUCCUUCACCCAAAGCAUAAUAGAUACAUGUCUUGAGAUCGGUGUCUAUUCACGUAUAGUAGCCGAGUCAACACUCGACGAAGUUGUCGAAAGAUGCCUGAAUCAAAUCCACUUACCGUACAAAAAUGAAGCCGUGCAAACGCUGGCGCCAUGUAAGCCGCUCGAAGACAAAGAUGACGAGAUAUUGAGGAAGCUGCGCCUUGAAAUAGUUGUCGACACCCUUGAAUCAACGAUCGUCGUACUGCCGGUACUUCGGAUUAUUCUUGAAAUUGCUUGCCUGGAAAUAUGCAAGGAUGCACCGAACGUCGCUGACAGUAUCCUAAACAGAAUCCAGAGGAGCGCGGUUAUAAGAGCGGAAAGACUCGAAGCGAUCCGUCAGGAAAAAUUGACAUUCCACAAACCGAUGGACGAUAUUUUCGAUGCUAGAAGAAAACGAUUGAGCGAAUUACUAAAGAAUAACGCCACGCGAGUGACCCGGAGUUCGGCUGGUACGCAAACGGGGUUGGCCGGUGUUACGAAUAUAGCAAAAAUCAAAGAACCCAGGGAAACGAUCUGCUCCAUUUGCACACGGCAUUCAGAGUGUACGGACUGCGAUGCGAAUCUCCUCGACCAAGGCGAAUAUCGUCCUGAUAAAAACGUUCCUACGAAAAUACUCAGAACUCAGGACAUAUUGAUGACGUACAAUCCCUGCUAUGUAGUGGCAACGCCUUCUGAAAUACGGAUGAGACAAUUCCCCGCGACACCAGUCAGGCGUAACAGAUCACAUCUACUCCCUUCGUCCAGGCCUGCAACACCUCUCACUCGAGCUUCAAGUCCACCAGCGAGUUUUGAUUCUAAUUCAUCUUGUGUGAAAUUUGAAAGACAUUCCGAUUUCAUUUCUCCAAGAUGUACAAGGUCACGCUCUUGUGCACAAGCUGCGGGAUCGUUGGAUGACUGGAGUAAAGUGGUGGAAGAUACCUCUUCGAUUGGUCAUGCGUGGUCUGUACCUGGGUCUAGCAUUGCUGAAAAUAAAUCGAUCGGCUCUAGUCUAUCCGGGGUAUCGUUCUCACGUAGCUCCGGCAAUCCUAAUGGCAGAGAUUGCGGAAGAUCUUGCCGCGAUCUACCCCUAUCUGGAGCAAAGGCUCUCCGAAUCCUGAAAGAAGUUUUCAAUCGCAGCGAAGGGUCGUGCAGCGAUUUCGAUCCCGACGACAAGGACAUCCCGCGGAGUACCGAUGUGAACGCUGUAAACGAACCGGACUCGCAUUUGAUCCCAAACGGAAAAUCAUUCGGCGAAGGUGUUAGGGUCAUACCAAUUAUUCACCUGCCAAAUCAAAGAAAGCAACAGUGAUGCAAACCGAUUAGAUUUGCACGAAUCAGCAGUCGUAUUCGGGUUUCAAGGAAAUGCCAUUUCUUUAUUCAUUUGCGGCGCGACGCGCCGCAUCUAUCCGCCACGUUAAUAUUCAAAAGUUGUCUCCUCGAACUUCACUCUCCACCAUCCGCCAAAAGGCUUUCUUACACCUAGAUACAUUGAGUAGUAAAUUAACUAACAUUG